GUUGGCUAUGCUGCUUUGUUAUUCUCUUGCUAAAAUGGCCGAAGAGGGGCCAUAGUUUACAGGGAAAAGGAGCCAAGACGUGUAAAAUUUCAUGUUUUUAAUUCGAAUUUCGCAACAUUUCUUGCUUGUCUCUUUCGGAAUUUGCACUCUUAUCCUUAACAUAAAGCAUCGUGGAGUUGGCAUCUUUGACUUGCGAUUUAUGACGUAUCGCCAACGAAAGAAACAUGGGGCAGACACUGUCUGAACCAGUCACCGAAAAAGAGUCAGCGUGCUGUCAAAAUCAGCAGUACAGAGUGGGGUCGAGCUGUAUGCAAGGAUGGCGCAUAAAUAUGGAAGAUUCGCACACUCAUCUUUUAUCGCUUCCGGACGAUCCUGGAACUGCAUUUUUUGCUGUUUAUGAUGGGCAUGGAGGUGCCAAAAUUGCACAGUAUGCUGGGAAACACUUGCACAAAUUUAUUUUGCAACGACCUGAAUACAAAGAAGGUUCUAUUCCUGAUGCAAUGAAACAGGGAUUCCUUGAUGUUGAUACUGCUAUGCUAGAAGAUGAAUCUCUCAAAGAUGAGAUGGCUGGAACCACUGCUGUGUCCAUUCUAAUUAAAGACAACAGUCUUUAUUGCGCUAAUGUUGGUGAUUCUCGAGCUAUUGCUAGUGUCAGUGGAAGAGUUGAACCUCUAUCCUAUGAUCACAAACCUAGCAACUAUGCAGAAAAGAAGAGGAUAGUCGCUGCAGGAGGCUGGGUGGAGUACAACCGAGUCAAUGGAAACUUAGCACUAUCAAGAGCUCUUGGAGACUUCAUCUUUAAGAAGAAUCAGCGAGUAAGCCCUGAAGAACAAAUUGUAACAGCUUUCCCAGAUAUCGAAGUUAGAACAGUUACUCCAGACUGGGAAUUCAUCAUCCUGGCCUGUGAUGGUAUUUGGGAUGUUAUGACAAAUGAGGAAGUUGUGGAGUUUGUCCGAAUGCGCAUUGGGUCAGGCAUGGACCCUGAGGAUAUUUGUGAAGACCUCAUGACCUGUUGUUUGGCACCUGACUGUCAGAUGGGAGGCCUUGGUUGUGACAAUAUGACUGUUGUAUUAGUGUGUUUCUUACAUGGGAAGUCUUAUGAAGAACUUUCAGCCCGGUGCUCCAUUGAGCCAGAACCAUUACCAGACCCUGUUUCAACAACACCUGAACUCGAAUACUAGUCAAUUUUAGUUAAGUUCUAUAAUAUUUAAGACUACCCUCUUAAUUAAAUUUUUAAUUUGAAUAUUCCUUUUUACUACUUUUUCUGUGCAUUUAAUACUCCUAAUUCUUUGAACUUCAGUGUUACUCGGAUUGUUCUUGUUUAUUGUCACGCUUCCCCCUUCCACGAGUGAUGAUGCCAUUAUUUUUAGUACUGCUCUUUCUGAUAGUUUUAUACAAGUUUUCUUUUCGCUGUCUGCUAUGACUUUUCUAUGACUGGAAAGAAAAAUAUUUAAAAUACAAAAUGAACAUAAACAGAAAUAGUUUGUAUUUUUUUAAAGGAAAAAUGUAUUUAAAUUAAAGAACAAAAGAUAGAUAGGCCCUUCGUACACAGUUGUUCCUAUUUUCACAAUAAGAGUUAAAAUUUAAAAUGAUGAACCAACCGUCCUAAUGAAACAGUGGUAAUGAAUUAUUCAUUUCUUUUUAGCUUCUUAAAAUGUUAGUCCUAAGUAAUGCUGCACCAAAGGUGAAAUUAAGGAACCCCUCAUUGGAUGUAUCUUUUUUCCUCUCAGUAAACCUUUUUUGAGAGAGAAAAAUGGUUUACUUUCGUUUCGCACUUUUUGCCAAAGACUUUGCAUCAAAUUGAGGGAUCCUUGCAAACCAUUUUUCGUUAGCCUGGCAUAAAGAGAUCUGAUAAACCCAUGAUUACAUUGACUUCCUGAUUGUCUUCCUUCUGUGCUUCCAUUAUAAACUGUUCAAUUACAUCAGAUGCUCUUUGUUACAAUUAAAUUUUUUAGCUAGGCAGGAGAUAUUGUUGUUUCUCUGAUAAUUGAAGAUUUCACAUGGAAUUUUGAUGUCUAAAGUAACUCUUUAGAACCAACUUCUUUGAGGCAUUAAUUUGUGUGUUUCUCUUGCACUUUAUGUAACCACCUAAAUUAUAUGCUCUAGGUUGGUCUGUUUAAGAUGAGUAGUGGCAACAUAGACCUUACAUGCAUCAUGGACUGAUUCUAAAAAGUGUUUUUUCACUUCUUUUUAUUGUCUAGUAAGGAAAUUUAUGAACUUAAUAUUAGUAUGUUGUGACUUUUUUACUUUAUUGUAGUUUUUAAAAAAACAGUGUACCUUAGAAAAUUUUAGUCAUUUGUGAUGUGAUUUAUCUUAACCAGUCAUUGAGUGUUCACAAAUAGUUUUCAGUGCACUUAAGGAUUCAUAACCUGUGUUUUCCCACCAUUCAUGCAGAUCAGGGACUUAAUGUGAUGACGACCUUUUCAAUGUUCUAGAGGAAAAGAUUUUGCUUUCAUUGCACUGUUGAUUGACUUGUGGUGCAUCACCUUGGCCUGCUCGAAUGUGCUAAAUUGUAAGAACAUUUCUUGUAAACCCUUCUUGGCCUGAUCUGGGAUUUCCAAGCUGUUGGGACCAUCUUGUUAGAAGAUUGUCCUAAAUUGCUGAGGUUCAUUCAUAGAAAGCCCAUUGGUAGUGCUGUAGACACUUUAAAUACUUAUGGGAUCAAUUUUCUUGUUACUUUUUUUUAUCAAUAAAUUUCUGGUUACUCUA